GGGAUGAAGCUGGGCGGUUGAGGCCAGCCGAGGAUUUGAGAUGAAGUUUACAGCAUUGAGCAGCAUUGAGCAGCAUAUCACCUUCAUUGCCCUCAGUCAGUCUACCUCAUAUUGUACAACCAUCCUCACUAUGUCGACUACCACCGCGAUCACCACGACACCCUCCACCACAAGGGUCGGUACUCUAUCUGUGCUAUCAGACUACGAACUACAUCACUCGGGCGCUACAACAUCUUCCCCCUCCUUGGAUUCCACAGACAGCACCACACCGUCCGCACCGCCCACCAACUGGCCCACCGACCACCGCCGUGUGCCAGCUUACCGUCCAGUAAAUCGCAAUCAGAACCAGAGCGAGCGACCGGCCGGCGCGAACGGAGCCGAAUAUGUGUUUAUCCAGACCAUGUUGCACGGUGUAUGGUUGAAUGCAGUGGUAUCACGAAUUUGGCAUGCGACAGGAGGGAAGAUUAACGACAAGAUUUUCCACUAUGAGAUCGGAGGAGAGUGGUAGAACUGAAUCUUGUGUUUUGUUUGGAUGUUAAUGCAAUCUUUUCCUGUCACGACAUAGUCCUACCUCCAGCAGUAAUACAUACCACGUCCAUGAUGAUUGUUGCCUUUUGACACCUCACGAAUGAACAUCGCGAGCUUGUUGUUUUCCAAGGAACUGGCUUCAUAUACUAUACUAUUGUACUGUACCUACAAAACCAAGACUAUCUACC